UCUCUCUCUGUAAGCUCUGCGUAGUUCUCCUGUAAAACCUCAGAGAGUAGCUGGACCCCUCGGGCUCGAGUGUGAGGCUGAGAACUGGUCAGGCUUCCUCUAACGAAUGGCAGAUCAUCUGGUUUGCAGCCUGCACCUCCUGUGACGCCCACUCCGGACAUCAGGUCCAUGGGACCCCCGCUCAGCCAGUAGAGCCGUGAAGAGUGGGACCACCAUGGGAGGAUGUGUGGGGAGAUACCUGAACGGCUGGGAGGACUCACACAGCCGAGGCUCGUCCAGAACCGGUGGGAGAGGAGGACGUAACGAGCCUCUGAAAAAAGAUCGACCCAAGUGGAAGAGCGAGUACCCGAUGACGGAGGGCCAGCUACGCAGCAAGCGAGACGAGUUCUGGGACACGGCACCUGCCUUCGAGGGCCGCAAGGAGAUCUGGGAUGCUUUGAAAGCUGCUGCUGUAGCCCUGGAGUGCAAUGACCACGAGCUGGCACAGGCUAUAGUGGACGGAGCCAGCAUCACACUGCCACAUGGUACUCUAACAGAAUGUUAUGAUGAACUCGGGAACCGCUACCAGCUGCCCGUCUACUGUCUGGCGCCCCCUAUCAACCUCAUCUCAGAAUGCAGCGAUGAGGACACCAGCGACAACCCAGAACCCCCCGCAACAUCCAAGAAAGAAUUCCAGCUUAAGGUCCGACUGUCCACAGGAAAGGAUGUUCGUCUCAGCGCCAGCAUGACCGACACCGUUGGGCAGCUGAAGAAGCAGCUACAGGUCCAGGAGGACAUUGACGUGGUCCACCAGCGCUGGUUCUUCUCUGGUAAGCUGCUAACAGACAAAACACGGCUGCAGGACACGAAGAUCCAGAAGGACUUUGUGAUUCAGGUCAUCGUCAACACUCAGACCCCUGAAGAGCCCGAGCUCUCACCGCCUCUCACUGCCUCCUCACCCACCUGUGAAUAAAACAAUGGGUGGGUUCUCCAAAAGUCUGGAUAAUGGUUUUAUUUUGGACAACAGCUGUUUUUACUGGAAGACAUAUGUAACCUGGAGGUACGGACUCAACACAAAUACCCAAAGGGAAUAAUCAAAGUGCUGCUUUGUUCCUCUGCCCAGCUUCAGUCUGGUUUCAUGUCAGAGCUGUUCUUCACACGGCUCUGAGGCUGAACUCAUGCUGGUGUGCAGUGCUGCACCUGUAGACUGUGUCUCUGGGCUUUCCUCUGCCCAGCUCUUUGUGUUUGUCCUAAAGCUCCUCAGCUCUGCUGUCCUUUCACUUUCUCUGCCUUUAAAACACGACAAGAAACAGAGCGAAUGAUGCAAAAUAUUUCAGUUUCUUUUCUCCUUUUAUUUAAGGAAAUCAUGCUAACUCAGCUGUUUUUGCACAUUUAAAGGUUGUUGCUAUAAAUUUGUGGUAGUCUGUGUGCCUUCUAUAAAACUAAAAAAGGUUUAGUGUCAGGAAAGACGAGUUCUUCUGCUGGCCUAAACCCUGAGUAUUUUUUUAGAUUUACAUCAAUUUAUCACUGCUGCCUUUUUUAUGCUUUCUUAAAUUUUGUGUAUAAAUGGAUGUAUAUGCGUAAUUAAAAAAAUGUAUUUGAGGUGAAUCAAAUUAGAUCUAGGAGAAAUAAAUGAGUGAAAGUAUAAAUGAAUCAGUUCAGCUAUU